UUAUUGCGACUACGUGAUUAUAUGGGAGAGUAAUCUGCAAUCAAUUUCUACCGUUAUAAAUUUCCUCUUCGGAAAAUCUGUAGUGCAAUGUAUCCACGAAAAAUUACUAUUGCAGUCAGGAUUUUCGACGAUCACUACCAUUUUACGCAUCCGGGUAUUACCAAAAGAUCAACUCCACAUUUAGAAAAGAAAAUUCAGUUAGCAGCUGACAUCAGGGUAAAGUGGGCUCAGCAACAAAUAGUGAAAAAAAGAGUUAAAAGAGAUUUAAGACUUCAAGAUUCAGAUCCACGGUGGCCUAGUAUGUGGUAUUUGAAUCGCGGUAACGGUUUAGACAUGAAUGUUAUUCCCGCUUGGUUAGAGGGUGUUACAGGUAAAGGUGCAGUUGUGACGAUAUUGGACGAUGGAUUGGAAAAAGACCAUCCUGAUUUGGUGAAAAACUAUGAUCCAAUGGCAUCUUACGAUGUGAACAAUCAUGACUCGGAUCCUAGUCCUCGCUAUGACAUGAUUGAUUCCAACCGUCAUGGUACUAGGUGCGCAGGCGAAGUAGCAGCAACAAGUAAUAACUCUGUAUGCGCGCUAGGUGUUGCACAUGGUGCUCAAGUAGGCGGCGUACGCAUGCUUGAUGGAGAUGUUACUGAUGCGGUUGAGGCACGGUCAUUAAGUUUAAAUCCACAACACAUUGAUAUUUAUAGUGCCUCGUGGGGACCAGAUGAUGAUGGUAAAACUGUGGAUGGCCCAGGGGAAUUGGCUACUCGUGCAUUUAUUGAAGGAGUUACAAAAGGUCGUAACGGCAAAGGGUCUAUAUUUGUGUGGGCUUCGGGAAAUGGCGGAAGGGAUCAUGAUAAUUGCAACUGCGAUGGCUAUACAAACUCCAUCUAUAGCUUAUCAAUUUCUAGUGCCACAGAGCAAGGUCAUGUGCCAUGGUACAGUGAAGCAUGCAGUUCUACUUUGGCAUCUACGUAUAGCAGUGGCGCUGUUGGAGAAAGGCAGGUUGUUACCACUGAUCUUCAUCACUCCUGCACAAGCAGUCACACUGGUACCAGUGCUUCUGCGCCAUUAGCUGCAGGUAUUUGUGCACUAGCGCUUGAAGCAAAUCCGAAUCUUACAUGGCGAGAUAUGCAACACAUCGUUGUCAGAACUGCUAGACCUCAUCAUUUGGUUACCUCAGAUUGGCAAAUUAAUGGGGUGGGAAGGAACGUCUCGCACAGUUUUGGAUACGGACUUAUGGAUGCGUACGCGAUGGUCCAAUUGGCAAGGAAAUGGGUGACGGUUCCUGAACAACAUAAAUGCGAAAUUACUGCGCCUCAUGUGCAAAAGUCGAUCCCAGCUAAGAGUGUUGUUGUUUUACAGUUGCAAGUAACAGAAUGUGAAGGUGUUCAAAUUUUAGAACAUGUUCAGGCGAAACUUACAAUUUUCUCACAAAGGCGCGGUGAUUUACAUAUCCAGUUAACGUCCCCAAUGGGUACCAGAGUAACCCUUCUUGCUCAUAGAGGACACGACAUUGCUCGAUCAGGAUUUAAUCAUUGGCCUUUUAUGUCUGUCCAUUCAUGGGGGGAAACGCCAUUUGGGACGUGGCAAUUGGAAAUUCAUAAUGAUGGACGAAUGUUAGGGCGAGCUACGCUCCAAAAUUGGUCACUUAUUCUUUAUGGAACUAAAAUAUUUUUUUCUGCUUCUGAUAAUACAGAUUCAGACAAACCGGUAAAAAAUAAAAACGCCAAUAAAAAGAAACCCGCAAAAAAACCAAAAAAUUCGAAAAACAUUUUAAAAUUAAUCAAUCCGUCUCCCAAACCGUUCAAAAACCUAAAUCGAGGAAAAAACAAAACUUUCACCUCCACUACAAAAGACUUGGAUACUACAAAUAUGAACGUGCAGUUCAACAAAAAAAAGCAAUUUUCAAAUAUUUCUUUAUUAACAACCACAUCUCCUUACUUCUAUUCUGUGAACAACACAAAGUUUCAAAGCGUAGGCGAAGGUGGAAAGCCCUAUUGGAAGUUUAUUAAAAAUAUCAGCAUCACAUAUCCCAUCAUGAUCCCUGCACGCGAAGGCAUAAAGUCUCGCGAUCCAUUUAAAAAGGCGCAAAAGCAAAAAGAAAAGAGUCGCGAUCUUAAUUCCAAUCGCAAUACUAAAACGUUUACGUCUAGACCUCCUGAAGCAACUACUUUAAUUGAUGUAAUCACUUCCAAGGACAAAGCAUUGGCUGAAAUAGAAACAUGGGAUUUGAUAUUGUACGGAACAUCAUCUCCCCCAAAAAUUGAUGAAGACGAAAAGGUUAACAACAAACCGGGUAAAACAAACAUAGAAGUAAAUGAAAUGGACCACAACUCCUUGGAUUUGAAUCCACCAAACGAAUCAUGGAAAAGUGAUGCUGAGAUCAGAAAAGAUACAUCAGUAUUAGAAGAAUUCUUACCUGCCAAUGCUGCUCAAAAUUGCGCAAAAUCCAAUGGACAAUUUUGUUUAGGUUUGUUUGCUACACUUAUGUUAUGCUGUACGUAUUUUCAUCACAUUUUCAUGUCCCUCGUAAACAUAACUUGGAGGUUCAUACUACAAACGUGUACUGAUAUUAAUCUAUACAGUAAAAGCAAAAACGUGCUUGAUCUGGUAACGUACUUGAAAUCUUCAUUUUUGGAGAAUCGCAGAUUUCAAAAUUACGAUGAAAUAUAUUUUACAAACACAACUUUGGAACUAACUCGGUGCAAAGAAAUUUGCAUAGAUGUUCCAAUAAAUAGGUCAUUUAAGAACGUUUAUUGUUCAACACGUAACAGCAAGCAAUUAGAAAAAAUAUUUUGUAACAAAUUAAAAAGAUAUAUAUCUCAAUUUUUAGUAAAUAUAAUUAAAUUUAAUUUUUUAAAAACUGUAGUAUUCAGUUCGAUAGACUAUAUAUGUGAUAUGGCCAUAGAUUUUAAUCGCAAUAGGAGAAAUCCAAAAACCUGUAGAUCGAUUAAACUAUUACAUGAUAUGUUUGCUAAAAUGUUUGCCACUUGUUCUUAUCAUUAACCACAUCUACCAAUUGGUAAAGCGGCCCUAUGUAAAUACUCAUUAUUCUUAUUGGCAAAUAUCUAUAGCUGUAUUGUUAUAUUAAAAGUAUCUACGUGCAGUGUAUUUUACCAUGAUCUAUCUCUCAUGUUAUUUUGCGGUAGUAAAUGCACUGUACAUAAUAUGUGAUUUCAAGGAAAUAUGCCACUGCGAUGUGACCAUGGAUGCAGACUAAAGAAAUAAUUAGUAGAGAGUUAGUUGUCACUGAUUAAUUAAAAAAAAAGUUGUUUAGGUGUCAUUUUAAAAUAUUAAUAGAUGGUCAUGGCGGAAUACUCUGUACUAUUACAGUGCUAUUACGGGUUAAUUUUUUUAAUUUGCUAUGAUUUAAUGGUGCUAAUAUUUUAAUUACAUGGUUUGCACUCUUAUAGAGGCUGUGUGCGUUACAAAAAUAGGUUUUUUUGUUGUAUCCAUUGCUUUGUUUAGUGUCGCGUUUAUAAUUUUUUUUUUGAAGUUUUGUAAUAAACCAUUUGCAGGUGGUUUAUGCUAGUCACCUCGAUAAUUUCAAUCUGUGCUGCCUAUUGGUUUGUCUGAUGUAGGUACACAUUUAGCUUAAUCUAGUCAGUUCCCGAGUUAGUGUGUCAAUGAAAAAUUAUUUACAAUUAUGUUUUGUAAAUUGACAAGUAUUAAGAUUGAAAUCUUUCAUUAGCGCAAAAACAAUAUAAGACAGAUCUUCCCUUUAAAGAUAUUACAUGUGCCAAAUUUAUAACCUAUCUACCUAAUAAAUGUAGUAAUUAGAAAUAAUGUAUGAUCGUUUCUGUGCAUUGAUGACUGAACAUUAUUAAGAUUAUAUAAGUGCAAUUAAUUAAUAUUUAAAGGUACCAAUGCAUCUUGAAAAAUGUGGAUAACAUCACUCAUCUUAGAAAAUCCGUAUCUUAGUAAUAAUAUGUGCAAUAACCAUUCAUAUAUUUCUAUGCUGUUAAGUUAAUCAUUUUUUUAAUUAUCCUCCAGAAUUGCCAAAUGUAGGUCUUUUGUAUAAAUUGAACGAAUCAUAUCAAUUUUGACCACAGUUCGUUUUUAAUUGAUUGUCUAGGGCUGUGACUGCUUGGGAUUUCUAUUGCAAAUAAUGACUUGUGCUAAAUCAGUAUUUCCUUGUCCACCAGAAAUCUUUUUGAUAUUGUUUGGUCUGUCUUUCCCUUAUAACAAACAUAUCAUUAUGCUCUGCAAAAACUUUGAGAGCAACUAUUUGUAUGGUUUCUCUACCAUGUUGUUUUAUUAGUACUGUUUCUAGAAUCAGAAUCCAACAAAAGUUUCAGGGUAGGGAUUUAACCAUCAAUUUGAUAGAUACCUUGGCCACUGUGAUUAACUUUGAAAUUUCUUUUUUUAAUAAAUACAAACUAUGUCUAAUUUCCAGUUAAUCAAUCAUCCGCAAAACCUCUGCAUACUCUGUUACUUUAGAAAUUUAUGAACGGUGUUUGUGCAUGUUUGUAAGAAUUGAUUUGAGGAAUUUGCUGUGAUUUACUUUUAGUUGUAUAAAUAUAGAGAACUUAGUAAAUUUAGUACAUAUGCGAAUUUACAACAUAAAACCACAGCGGUUCCUAUUUCUUUGCCUUCCAAUAAUUUUUAACUUAUUUAUAUUACAAAAUAUACCAAAGAUUCUUUUAUUUAUGUUUAAGUAAGUAGAUUUUAAUGUUGCAUAAUGAGGAGAGUUUGCAAUGACUUUAUUAAUAUUGCUAUAGAUCUGUAUUUAGUUCUUUGCACCUUCCUCAUUUAUAUAAUAUGUGUUCAAUCUAGUACUACUCAGUGUUUUAGCUCAUGGAAAAAUGUAUAGUAUGUGUGUACGGCAAUUCAGUAGGAUUAGGUAAUUUUAACAGUGAUUGUUAGUCAUGAUAAUGGCCUAGCGCACUAAUCCUUCUCUGUUGAGGUAUAUAUUUUUUAUUCGACAAAGUACUUAAUUUCAUUUCCAAAUCAUAAUUUCUGUAUCUCAACAGGCAGGUUUACUGAAUUUAAAAAGAUUGUUGACCUAUGUAAAAGCAAGUGUUUGUAAUUAUAUUCAAAAAAUAAAUUGUGGCUGAAAUUUUGUCAA